CCGGCAGCCCAGGUGGCCCUGCCGCACGGGUAUUCACGGGGGCCCGCCAUGCCGAAGGCGAAGGGGAAGAGCCGGCGGCACAAAUACUCCUACAACCUCAACCGCAAGCGCCUUUACCGCAGCGCCCGCCGCCGCGCCGCGCCUCGCAUCGCCUGCUCGCACAUCCGCCAUGCCUGGGACCCGAGCAAGUCGGUGGCGCAGAACCUGGCCGAGAUGGGCCUGUCCGAGGACCCCAAUAAGGCCCUCCCCAUACCGAAGAAGCUGGGGGUGGAAGCAGAAAGCAAUGGACAACAGUCACGAAAGAAAAUAGUGCGGAAGCCAUAUGUGGUGAACGAGAUGGAAUAUGAGGCCAGCCUCCCUGAGAAGAAGUCAAACACGCUGUCACGGGACCUCAUUGACUACGUGCAGUACAUGAUACAGAACCACGGGGAAAACUACAAGGAAAUGGCUCGAGAUGAGAAGAACUACUACCAGGAUACUCCCAAGCAGAUUAAGAGAAAGAUCAAUGUGUACAAGAAUUUCUAUCCCGAGGAGUACAAGGAAUUCAUUGCAUCACUCAAGCCGGAAAAGAUGGAUGUGCAGUGACUGCCCUUUUUCCUCAGGUUUACCUGCAAGUGCAGGCUUGACAUGACCAUUUUCUGAACUGAAAAAAAGCCUCUGGAGAUGGAGAAAGGACCCUCAUUAGACAGAGAUGGUUUUAACCAGCCAUGAAAGGCUCUUUGGCAUUGGCACUGACUGUGCUGUGCUGCUCACUUUCUGUGUGGCAGCUGGCACUUCUUUUGCUUUGUUGAAAUAAAAUAUUCUUUCAAGCUGG